UGUAGUGGGCCGUCGACCGUCGUAGACGAAGAAGCGUUGCCUUCAAUGGGCGCGGCGACGGGCGUAACAGCCGUGCUAUUGGCGUCGUUGGCGAUCCUCGCGCCGUCCGCUCGGGGGCUCAACCGCCGCGAGUUCCCUCCCGGGUUCCUCUUCGGCGCCUCCACAUCUGCUUACCAGGUUGAGGGCGCGUACCUGGAGGACGGCAAAGGUCUCAACAACUGGGAUGUCUUCAUCCACACGCACUCUAGGGAUAUCGCUGAUGGACGGAACGGCGACGUAGCCGACGAUCACUACCACCGGUACAUGGAAGAUGUAGAUAUCAUGCAUAAUCUGGGCGUCAACUCGUACAGAUUCUCGAUUUCAUGGGCGAGAAUCUUGCCAAGAGGCAAGUUUGGAGGCAUUAAUUCAGCUGGAAUAGCGUUCUACGACCACCUGAUCGAUGCACUCCUGCAGAAAGGGAUAGAGCCAUUUGUGACGCUGCAUCACUUCGAUUUGCCGUACGAGCUAGAGACCCGCUACGGCAGCUGGUUGGGCGCUGGGAUUCAGUGUGUACCGUUGAUCUGUUCCACAUUUGACUACAGUUCUACCAGGUUUGGUUUUAAUUUACCUUGCUCCAAUGCCAGGGAGGAGUUCGAUCACUACGCGGACGUGUGCUUCCAGGCGUUUGGUGACCGGGUCAAGUUCUGGACGACGUUCAACGAGCCCAACCUGUUCACCAAGUUCGCCUACAUGCUGGGGGCAUACCCUCCCAAGCGCUGCUCCCCGCCGUUCGGGAACUGCCACAGUGGGAACUCCCAACAGGAACCGUACAUCGCGGCUCACAACAUCCUCAUGUCUCAUGCCGCAGCUGUCGACAACUACAAGAAGAACUAUCAGGCGAAACAAGGCGGCUUGAUCGGAAUUGUGAUUUCCAUGAAAUUUUAUGAGCCGCUAACGAAUAACACAGAGGAUAUUGUGGCGGCACAACGUGCAUUGUCGUUUGAGAUACAUUGGUUUUUGGAUCCAAUAUUCUUCGGAGAAUAUCCCAAAGAAAUGCGUGAGAUGUUAUCGUCAAACUUACCGGAGUUCACCCCAACAAAGAAGAUGUUAUUGCAAAACAGAGUGGAUUUCAUUGGUGUAAACCAUUAUACUGCGAUUUACGCUAAGGAUUGCAUCUCUUCCCCGUGCGAACUUAAUACUUACGAGGGAAAUGCACUGGUCUUUGCUACAGGUGAAAAAGAUGGUGUACGAAUUGGAAAACCAACUGCACUCGGUGGUUUCUAUGAUGUUCCAGAAGGCAUGGAGCAGGUUGUCAAGUAUGUCAAUCACAGAUAUGAGAACGUACCUAUCUAUGUUACCGAGAACGGGUACUCUGAGUACAACAAUAACAAUAUGGAAGACAUGACCAAUGACACCGGAAGAGUGAACUACCUUGAGGGCUACCUGUCAUGUAUCUCUUCAGCUAUCAGGGGAGGAGCAAAAGUGCGUGGUUACUUCGUGUGGAGUCUUAUGGACAACUUCGAGUGGCGCUUCGGUUUCACCGUAAGGUUCGGGCUAUACCAUGUGGAUUUUGUAACGCAACAGAGGACUCCAAAGAAGUCUGCGAAGUGGUACCUAGACUUCCUCACAGGUUCUGGGCCGAUGGGCGAAGUGCAGACUCUAAGAGCAUAUUCCUGAUAAUUCUAAUGUUGUGGAUACACGUAUCCAUCAUGUUUCUCUUUCGGUAUAGAUAUGAAUUACGACCCCUCAA